AUGCCCUUCCCCGAUGGCGACCCCCCGCCGCGCAACGUCCUCGCCGACUUCCGCUCCAUCUACGAGGGGCAGCUCCACUCGCUGGAGAAGGCCAAGAACGCCGGCACCCCGGCCGACCAGAUGCCCUCGGUGGAGCCGAUCGCCGUGCACUGCGUGGCCGGGCUCGGCCGGGCCCCGGUCCUCGUGGCCACCGCCCUCGUGGACCAGGGGUUCGACCCGCUCGAGGCGGUGGAGUUCAUCCGCACCCGCCGCCGCGGCGCCUUCAACAGCCGGCAGAUCGAGUUCGUCGAGCAGUACGCCAAGAACCGCAAGCGCGGCUGCCUGGUCAUGUAG